AUGGCUCGCUGUGCUGAGCUGGUGAACGGUGCUGGGUGCGAGACAGCGGAGGUCCCAGUCUCCAGUCACUCCCCGGCAGUGGCCAGCUCACAUACUGCAAGAUCAAGAUUGAGUGUCUUAUUCUGGAAAGGCUCCUUUGGACAAGUGGUGAAGGGCUACGACACGGAAGCCGCCACUUCAUGUUCCAAAACCACCUCUGUCUCGUCUUUGAGCUCCUCUCCCACCAUCUCUACAAACUCCUCCGCAACACCGACUUCCGCGGCGUCUCUCUCAACCUCACUCGGAGGUUUACCCAGCAGUUGUGCACGGCGCUUUUAUUCCUCUCUCGCAUCAUCCACUGCGACCUCACUCCCCUCGUCUCCAGGCUCCCUCACUACCCUUGUCUCCAGUUGUUGUACUUCAUUUACUGCCUUAUUUGCAGUUUAUUUGGCACUUCCGACCUUUCCAUUGUUAUUGCACUUGUACCUUGAGUAUGUAUCUGUACAC